AUGAUCCAGGACGUGCAGCUCGCCAUCUUCACCAGCACGCUGGGAGUGUUGCCCUUCUUUCUUGUCGUUCUCUCUCACUACGUGGCGAUCAGCAAUUCCAGGAAGCAGGAAUGA